AUGACGGACAACGAUUUUUUGGGCAUUUACAAAAAACCAAAUAAUAAGCAUCUUAUUGUUCUCUACUAUGAAGCCCGGCAAAGCUUAAAUAUAGAUGAUAUUGAUAGUGCAAAAAGAAUUUUACAACAAGCAAUCGAGUAUGGUCUAAACCAUUCGUUGGUAUCCGAUGUACGGAUAUUGAAAUGUAUUGAGCGUGAAAUUGAAUUUUACACCGAAAAUAAAUUAUCAAACAAAAGUGCUUCAGCCGAAAUAAAUAAUUUGAAUAUUGCUGACAUAUUCGAACGUCAAGUACAAUUAUGGUGUGAGAAAUGGUCACAGUUACCCCAAAGUGUAUUUUACUUACGGAUGAAUCUUAGUGAUGGUCAACAAUAUCCAAUGCUCUUAGUCGGCCGAAAACAUUUAUCUAAAUUAUUUUUGACUAUGAAAAUACCCGAACUUCAUUGUAGUCAAGUUCAAGCGUCAAUGUUACUCGGUAUUCUUCAUCACACACAUGCAUCCGAGUCUACAGUACGCAUUUAUUAUUAUCCAUUAGAGUUCGAUGAAAAACGUUAUUUGUUCAAUUUAAUUGCUAAAAAUCAUCUAGAUCAUAAAACAGAGUUGAUCUAUCCAUUUUGUUUACUUCAUCCGUCAACUCAUCGUGAACUUCGUUCUGAAUCGGAUGGUUGGUUACUUACCGACAGUAUGGUAAAUGAAUUAGGACAAGGUGAAACUCAUAUACGACAAUAUACUAUUCACAUGCUGAAAAAUAAAUAUAAACAAGAGGAUAGUUGUACGCUCUAUGAUUCUGCCUGUUCGACUGGGCAAUUUCUUGCCGAACUGAAGUAUCAUUUUCCGUUAAUACAUACAAUAGGGCAAGAUUUAAGCGAAUCAAUGAUACAAUUUGUACUAGAGUGUGGCACUGUCGAUGAAGCCUUACAUGCAGAUGCCAAGUUGUGGCCAUUAGGUGAUCGGCAGGUUGAUGUUGCUUUUAUUCGUUUUCUCAACUCAGAAAUCAUGGCGACAGAAGAUGCUCUUACUCUUUUUCAAAAGAUUGCUACUCGAGUGAAAUCAGAUGGACUUAUUAUCAUCUUUGGUCAUACGCCGGUGCUUUUAUCUAGCUGCGACUUUAUCAGGCAAGGUUGUCUUGAACUCAAACAAUGUAUUGGUGUGAUGGAUGGUACUGACAUUACUCUUUUUCAGUAUUACGUUCUCAAAGUUAAAAAAUCUACGCACAGCCACUAA